AUGGCGCUGGACGAGUACUACCACAACAAAAUCGAGGCCAUGAAGCUCGAGAUCCUCAAGGGUCAAGCAGCUCUGCGCCGCCUCGAGGCCCAGCGCAACGACUACAACUCCCGUGUCCGGUUACUUCGAGAGGAGCUGGGUCUGCUGCAGCAGCCGGGCUCCUACGUCGGCGAGGUCGUCAAGGUUAUGAGCACCAAGAAGAUCCUCGUCAAGGUGCACCCCGAAGGCAAAUACGUCGUCGAUGUGUCCGACAGCGUUGACGUCGCCAAGCUCACCCCCGGCAAGCGAGUCACCCUCCUCUCCGACAGCUACAAGCUCGAGAAGCUGCUACCUUCGUCCGUCGACCCCCUCGUCUCCCUCAUGAUGGUCGAAAAGGUCCCCGACAGCACAUACGACAUGAUUGGUGGCCUGGAUCAGCAGAUCAAGGAAAUCAAGGAAGUCAUCGAGCUCGGUCUCAAGCAUCCCGAGCUGUUCGAGUCCCUCGGCAUCGCCCAGCCCAAGGGCGUGCUGCUCUACGGCCCGCCCGGCACGGGAAAGACGCUGCUGGCGCGAGCCGUCGCCCACCACACGGCCUGCAAGUUUAUCAGAGUCUCGGGCUCGGAGCUGGUGCAAAAGUACAUUGGCGAGGGCAGCCGGAUGGUCCGGGAGCUCUUCAUCAUGGCGCGCGAGCACGCGCCGUCCAUCAUCUUUAUGGACGAGAUUGACAGCAUUGGCUCGUCGCGCGUCGAGGGCUCAUCGGGCGGCGACUCGGAAGUCCAGCGAACCAUGCUGGAGCUGCUCAACCAGCUCGACGGCUUCGAGCCCACCAAGAACAUCAAGGUCAUCAUGGCCACCAACCGCCUCGACAUUCUCGACCCGGCCCUGCUGCGGCCGGGGCGCAUCGACCGCAAGAUCGAGUUCCCCCCGCCAAGCGUCGAGGCCCGCGCCGACAUUCUGCGCAUCCACAGCCGCAAGAUGAAUCUGACGCGCGGCAUCAACCUGACAAAGAUUGCCGAGAAGAUGAACGGCUGCUCGGGCGCCGAGCUCAAGGGCGUCUGCACCGAGUCAGGCAUGUAUGCCCUGCGCGAGCGGAGAGUGCACGUCACGCAAGAGGACUUUGAGCUGGCCACGGCCAAGAUUCUCAACAAGCACGACGACAAGGAGGUGUCGCUCGGCAAGCUGUGGAAGUAG